AUAUAUUAAAGGUAGGUUCAAAAAUUCACAACAGCUGGUAUCGUCUUGACCUUCCAUCAUGCGGGUUUUUGUGCUGAGCUGUGUCAUUGCAUUGCUUUUCUCCGUCUGUAGUUCCGCUGCAGCAAUCACGAAUGCACAGCGACUAGCUCGUGGCCUGCCACCUUUGCCUCCCAAGUUUGGUCGCGCUCUGCCUGGCUAUGCAAGGACGCCGACAGUAGCUGCAGAGAACUCGUCCCCGUCGUCCGCUCCGCAUAAGACAUUUACUGGUCGAAUCUUGGUUAAGGGCCACGAUGGCAAACGGUUAGGACACCUAUCUGACCGGGCCUCAGGAAUAAAUGGCGUAAACUUUGGUGCCUCAAGCGCGGACCUGCACGUCUCGUUCACCUCUUCUCGAUCUCAACAUGGGCUUAUCGACAUACAGGCCAUCGACGCCCAUGGGACUUCUUAUAUCGGGACAACGAGCAACGCCGUCCUCGCCGCUGGCUCUUCAACAUUCGUCAGCUUUGGCAAAGUCAUCAAAACACCUGCGCACUCCCCACCUGUCCCUGUGGGCCAGCAUCAUGCGGACGAGUCAGCUAUUUGGACAUUCGAUAGCAGAAGUCAUGAACUGAAUGUGCACUACGUAAAUCCCAACGGUCACGAGGCAAAGACGACUAUCGCUUAUAACAGUCAUGACAACACAAUAUUCUUUGUCGGCGACAUCGGUGCCUAUAAUGCUGCCCAUCCCGGUAGCCACGUUUCACCUAUUACAUUUUAUAUUGAUUUGACAGUAUAACGGAUAAAUGAUCCAGAAAUGUUUUCCCUCUUUCCUCUCUUUUGACAUUCCCUUCAUUUUCCAUGUCGCUCUUUUAAUUUCAGUUCAAAUCGUGGGUUCACCAGAUCUCUCGUUCGGACUUUGAAAACUGUUGGUCUUUAGAUUCCUGACAACUUACAUAUCCCUUAUUCCUGACUUGUAGUAGCUGCAUAUACUCUAUACAUCUGGAAUACAUACCUGGACUGUUACUUUGGGUUUA